AUGGUGGAUAUUGACCAGACCGAAGGCUUCGAACUAUCUCCGUUAGAGAAGAACGCUCUGGAACGGCGGAAGAGGUUAGAGGACCUGCGAAGGAGAACGUUGGAAAAACGAAAACAAAACGGUGAUACUGAUGAUCAGCCUUUGAUGUAAGUACUUAGGUUAUAAUGGCUGUAUUAUCGAGUUUUUGAGAUAUUACGUUGUAUAGUUGAUAUUUAUUGUGAUGAUUUAAAUUUGUAGGUUGUUAAACCCAAGAUCCUACAAAACAGUAACCUCAAAUAUCAUCAAUAUUGGAGACGAAGUGAGAGACGUGCUACAGAAGACCGAACAAGAUAUUCAAGAGAUUAUCGAUGACGCCAAGAACAUUCAAUUGGGAGAUGACUUGGUAUGUUUUCAUAUUGAAACUUUGUUUAUGUUAAUAGUGGUAUACAGGGACGUCGUUUGGGGGAGGGGGGGGCGUACCCCCCUCCCCCAGAGCCAAUCCGAAAAAAAAUUCCACAGGUAGGUCGGUAAAGUGAAAGUGCUCUAAUCAAAAUGAUUUAUAAAUUGCUAUUUUUAGGACAUAUCCGUACUGGCUCCAAAGAAGGUGGAUUGGGACCUGAAACGAGGAAUGCAAGAAGAACUGGACAAGCUAGAUCGAAGAACUAAUAGGGCUAUCAUACAAUUAGUCAGUACGUUUUUAACUUUCAAAUUUAUUUCUUCAAGUUAUUCAUAAAGUAAUAUAUAACAUGUCUAUUGCGUAGCCAAGAUUACUUUUUGUUUUAGGACAAAGGUUACAAAAGGAGAAAGAUUUGGAUUUGGCUAAGACCGUCGAUAUGAUCCAAGAAAAAGACGCCGCUGCUUAUCAACGUUAA